GAGAAAGCCCACUUCCCGAUUCAUGAUUAAUUCAAGUGAAGUGUGUCCCAUUCUCACCCCAAGAGCUGUUUAUUUAUUCCCUCACUUUUCUUAUCAUUGACCUCUCUACCCACUCUCUCCAAACCCCAUCACACGUAAUUCUCCACUUCCUACUGCCCCACCCACCACCCUCUUUCCGUAUAUCGUACAUUCUUCAUAAUACCAUUUCUUCAUACCCAAAGUAAAAAAUCAGUCCUUUCCAUGCCUAUAUAUCAUCCCUUCCUCCUAUGCUUUUACCACUUCGACUAACUCUCUCUCUCUCUCACACACAAACACAAACACCAUGCAGGAAGACAAGAAGAUGAAGGUGAAGAAAGGGUUCUUGGCCGUUCAAGUCGGCUUAGAAGACGAGGACCAAGGUGGUUCCUCUUCUCAGAGAUUCGUGAUUCCCAUCUCAUACCUUUACCACCCUCUCUUCAAGCGUCUUCUCGACAAAGCUCGCGAGGUCUACGGCUACCACACCGAUGGCCCCCUCAAGCUGCCCUGCUCCGUCGACGAUUUUCUCCAUCUCCGUUGGCGAAUCGAAAAGGAGUCAACUUCCGAUCAACACCACCAUAACCAUACCAACCAUCGCCUUCCACACGCUUUGCACUUUCACUCCUGUUGAGGGCUCUUUCUCUUCUUUUCACUGUUUCUGUCUUCAUACACAUAUAGUAGUAGUUGUAGCUACAGUUAGGGAAUUGACGCCACCGCUCUGUGUUUUAUUGUUCAGAGGGAAAGUUAAUUGAAACAAUUUCGCUUUCGAUCA